AUGACUAAAAACACAUCUCUUACAAUUUUUAUGGUUGUUUUGGUUAUUGGUAUGCUCUACACUUCAAUAUUUAUUAAAUAUUCCGAUCGUACAUGUCAUGUUUAUAUUAAAGCAGAAAACUGUGAAAUUGAUCAGUGUAACUGGGAGUGUGGUACCAAGUAUAAAAGAGUAGGAGUUCAAGGAUUGUGUGUACCACCUGGAUUCGAUCCAAUAGAUCAGGCCUGCCUCUGCAGUUUCAAUUGUUAA